AGCACUGAAGUUUUAGUUACGACCGCUGGAUGUGAAAACGAGGAAGAUCCCGGACAGCAGCUGAAAAUCUGAAAAUCUGCUAGAAAUAGCAAAUCGCUUGUGAAUAUUAUAAAUUCCGUGGUAGAAAUGGAGGCUGCAGGAGAGGAGAGUAUGGAUGUUCAGGGAGCAGCAGCAGACGAGCCAAUCUUUCCCGGACAUGGUCAGACUUCUGCCGCUAAGCCAGUGUGGGCUUCGUUGGAGGAAGCAGCUCAGAAGAAGACAGAAGGAAACGCGUUUUAUAAAGGGAAGAACAUCCGCUCAGCCAUUGGCCGUUAUCACCGAGCGCUGCUGGUCCUGAGAAGUCUCGACUCGGAGGUGCUGGCUUCGGUGAAAGGGUUUGGACCUGAGAUGCCUGCGCUCACCUCUGAACAGGAGGCUGUACUGAGGAACACACAAGUGGACUGCUACAACAACCUAGCUGCCUGUUUGCUGCAGAAACAGAGUGUCGACUAUGCUCGUGUGCGGGAGUACAGCCUGCGGGUCCUGAAGUGGCGACCGGGUGACGUUAAAGCACUGUACAGGGCAGGAGUAGCCACUCUGGAGAUGGGAGAUGCGCAGACUGCCAAACAGUACCUGACCCAGGCCUGCAGAGAGCAGCCUAACGAUGCCAAUGUGAGGAAGCACCUGCAGAGGGCAGAGGAGAAGCUGAAUAAAGAGCUACAGAAAGAAAAGGCCAUGUAUCGAGGAAUGUUUUCCUCCAGCCUGAAGAGCAGCUCGGUAGAAGAGACGAACCAAACCCACAGAACUGGUGAGGGAGUCUAGCCUGCUACCCUCAUCCGAAUACAGACUGUUCAACCUCAACUGAUCACAAAUCAACUGAAGAAUGUCCCCACAUCUUGAACUACUUGUGCUAGUAUGUCUUUACAAGAGAAAUGUGGAUUAUAGAGAAUACUCACACGGUUAAUGGAAAAGUAAAGAUGCUGCUGCUGAAAAUAGAAAGGAUAGGACGGGAAAGUCUGUUUCCUAGCAACAGGGACACAAUGCUGUUUUUUAGCCAAAAAGGGCAGGGGUUUGAAUAUUUCAUAAAAAAUGCUCCUGAAAGCUAUAUGAGGACUCCUUAUGCACUACUCAAAGUUCUGAUCAUGUUGUUUUGACUGGAGCUGUCUGGUCGGUGUUGUGAAUGUGGAUUUUUUUUUUUCUUCAAGUAAAAUAAUUUUUGAUAAAUGACUUGAGAAGUCCUUUUAGCAGACUUAUUUUUAUAACAUACUUUGAAAUGUAGGUAUUACAGGCACAGAACAGGUUUCAUUAUACAUAUAUUUUAAUCAUGAUUUGCCAUGAAGACACAUUUUGUCUUAAAUAACUCAGCAGUAUUAAUGAUUCAAUAUUUAUGUGAAAAUCCUGAGCACUAUGUCAAGUUAAAGAGUAUUUGCUUUGUUUUGGUCAUUGUCUUGCCAAUAUGAUUGUACUUCAGAGGCAAUAUUGCCAAUAAACAUCAAGAAAAUCCCA